AGAGAGCCCUGGGGGUUGCACGAAAACUGGCUGCGUGGUCCGAUGGGAAAUGUAGUUCCGCGCUGCAGAGCGUCCCCGGAGGACUUCCGGAUUGCGCGUCCAGAAUAGGCGCCCCGUGGAGGCCUUCGGGAAUCGCAGUCCUGAGCGCGCAGGUCUCCGGGAGCUGUAGUCCGUCCCUCCUGCCCAGUCAGCGUGGUACCACCCGGCCGCUGCCCAAGGAAUGCGAAAGCGGCCGGUCCCAGCGAGCAGAGAGGCCGAAGGGGUGACAGGAGGAGAGAACCCUGGUUAUUGACGAGGGGAAGUCUUCCGUUGCUAGGCGACCAGAAGAGACCCUGUUACCCAGAGACGGUGAAGGAGGAGUCCUCCAUUGCUAGCAGGAGCCGAGGAGGGCAUGUCUCAGGCCCCGGAAGCGCGGCCGAGCCCACCCUCAGUGUACCACGAGCGGCAGCGGCUGGAGCUGUGCGCCGUCCACGCUCUCAACAACGUCCUCCAACAGCAGCUCUUUAGCCAGGAGGCUGCAGACGAAAUCUGCAAGAGGCUAGCCCCAGACUCCCGGCUGAACCCCCAUCGCAGCCUCCUGGGCACCGGCAACUAUGAUGUCAACGUGAUCAUGGCUGCCCUGCAGGGCCUGGGCCUGGCCGCUGUGUGGUGGGACAGGAGAAGACCGCUGUCCCAGUUGGCCCUGCCCCAGGUGCUAGGCCUGAUCCUGAACCUACCCUCUCCUGUGUCACUGGGGCUGCUGUCCCUGCCACUGCGCCGUCGGCACUGGGUGGCCCUGCGCCAGGUGGAUGGUAUCUACUAUAACCUGGACUCAAAGCUUCGGGCACCUGAGGCGCUGGGGGACGAGGAUGGCGUCAGGGCCUUCCUGGCAGCUGCCCUGGCCCAAGGCCUGUGUGAGGUGCUAUUGGUGGUGACCAAGGAGGUGGAGGAGACCGGCUGCUGGCUGCACACAAGCUGACCCACUGCCUGUGAACAGCUGCCUGCUGCCACAGCCCUGAGUAUCCAGUGCCUGCAACUCCAGGCCCCGGGAGGCCUGCGCCCUGCCCUAGGGUCCCCACUCCCCCAACCACUGCUGCCUCAAUAAAUCUGCUCUUUUGCUA